UCUGCCUGUCUCUCUUUCCCGUCGUGCGUGCGGCGUGCCAACUGCCAACGGCGCUGAGGAGAGCAUCGCCGAGCGAGAGAGAGGAGUACGGAUAAGAAGAUGGCCAAUGGCGGAGCGGCGCCGCACAGUCCUUCCGACGACUCGCCGGAUUUCGAGCGCCCCCUCCUCCACGCGCACGGCGGCUUGCAGGCGGGCAAGGACCCCGCGGCGGCGCGCGACCACGAGGCGCAGUGCUCGCCGGAUGCCGGCGGCGCGACGUCCGUUCGUACCUGCUUCAACGGCCUCAACGCCCUCUCCGGCGUCGGGCUGCUCUCCAUCCCCUACGCCCUGGCGGAGGGCGGCUGGCUGAGCCUGGUGCUCCUGCUCUUCGUCGCGGCGGUCUGCUGCUACACGGGGCAGCUCCUGCAGACGUGCAUGAGCGCGUCGCCGGACGUGCGGAGCUACCCGGACAUCGGCGCGCGCGCGUUCGGUGCCAAAGGCCGCUUCGCCGUGUCCUUGUUCUUGUACGCCGAGCUCUACCUUGUCGCCAUCGGCUUCCUCAUACUUGAGGGGGACAACCUGGACAAGCUGUUCCCAGGCACUAGCCUCAGCCUCGGCCCAGGGAUCGUCGUCUCCGGGAAGCACCUCUUCAUCGUGCUCGUGUCCAUCGCCAUCCUGCCGACGACGUGGCUCAGGAACCUCAGCGUGCUCGCCUACGUGUCCGCCAGCGGCGUGCUCGCCUCGGUCGUGCUGGUAUUCUGCGUGCUCUGGGCCGCGGUGGCCGACGGCGUCGGGUUCCAGGGGAAGGGGACGAUGCUGAAUGUUAGUGGCCUGCCUACUGCUUUGGGACUCUACACUUUCUGCUACUGCGGCCAUGCCAUAUUCCCAACAUUGUGCAAUUCCAUGAAGGAAAAGGACAAGUUCUCCAAGGUACUCGUCAUAUGCUUCGUCGCAUGCACCCUCAACUACGGAUCCAUGGCCAUACUCGGCUACCUCAUGUACGGCGACGACGUCGAGUCUCAGGUGACACUGAACCUCCCGGAGGGCAAGCUCAGCUCCAAGCUUGCAAUCUACACGGCGCUGAUCAACCCCUUCUCGAAGUACGCUCUGAUGGUGACCCCUGUCGCGACAGCGAUCGAGGAGAAGCUGCUCGCCGGUAACAAGAGGUCCAUGAACAUGCUGAUCAGGACCUUCAUCGUCAUCAGCACGGUCAUCAUCGCCCUGACGGUCCCCUUCUUCGGCCACCUCAUGGCGCUCGUCGGCUCCCUCCUCAGCGUCAUGGCCUCGAUGCUGCUCCCGUGCAUCUGCUACCUCAAGAUCUUCGGCACGGCGAGGUGCAGCAGGGCUGAGGUUGUGCUCAUCGUCACGAUUAUAAUCCUUGGUUCCUUGGUUGCUGCAAGCGGAACCUACUCUUCUCUGCAGAAGAUUAUUCACGAGUUCUGAAGCCAAGUGCUGCACAUCAGACAUGGUAACACCCAUGGCCACCCAGCUUGGUGCUCUGCUGCGAUGCCAAAUGCCCAAAUAUCCACAGCUGAGCAGCAGCAGAGUAGCGUGGUCAAAUCAUGAAAGCUUGUUGAUGAGACUGUGUAUUGCAGAUCAGAGUAUUUUAAGCUCAUAUGUGCAGUGUGUAGUAGUAUUACAUAUUGAUGUCUUGAUGAUAUUGGCCAUGUCUUUCUUUUGCUAGAAAAAUAGGUGAUUACAUGGUAGUGUAUGACGGCGCUCCGUCGGGGUUCCACUGUAAAAAUUGAAAUGCAUUGGAACAUUUAUUGUAGUA